CAAAUUAAUUGUUUCACUUCCUCGUUCCCUGGCACACAACAAACCCUCCAGAGCGAUAAGACAAUGCUUGCCAAAUGCCGUUCAUUGUUGCAGACUAGAACACACCGUUCGCGAACACGUGUGAAGCUCUCGCACUCGUUUCUUAUCAGCGUCGGUGCAGUCGGCGCUUCUCGCUGCACCGAACUUGUUGAUACAUCAACAGCUGACCGGACACCAACCACCGACCAACGAUCUGGUGGAGGUGUCUGAUCCUGUGAAUAGUACGAACGCGAAAUUUCACGACAGACGAUCACGCACACAAGCGCGCGCUUGUUGAUCGUAGUUUUUCGUCGCGUUGGCGUCAUAUAUGUGAGAAUCGGAACACGUGAGAGAGACGACAUUUGCUUACCGUGGCGGUAGUGCACGAACCUACGCCGCCAUCCCGACCAGUUGUGGUGCAGAGCUGUGUGCCGUGAGGAUCUCGCGCAUCGGUGAUCACAGUGUGUCCGCAACCCGGGUUUCCUGCUGCUCUGUUGGUGGGGGGUACGCGCGUGUGGGUGGGAAAAUGAAUCCGGUGCUGUGUGACUUCAUUGCCGGUUCCUUCGGUGGGGCCUGUGGUUUGCUGGUUGGUCAUCCGAUGGACACGAUUAAGGCAUGGCAGCAGAACUCGAACUACGGCAUGGGCAGCGCAAUGUACAACAUCAUCAUACGCAACAAUGGUCUCAGAGGAUUCUACCGUGGAAUGUACUUCCCGCUACUAUCGAACGGUGCCUUGAAUUCGGUCGUCUUUGCCGUGUACGGUUCACAUCUGCGCUAUCUACAAAAGCAUACACGAUCGGAUCGGCUACGAAAGGCAUACUGGAGGAAGCACGUGUUUCUCGCAGGAUCAAUGGCCGGUCUGGCGCAAGUGUUUCUGGCCUGUCCGAUCGAGGUGGUGAAAGUACGGCUGCAGACACUAUCCUUUAUCGGACAUCCGUGGGCGUGUCUGAAGGACAUUUUCCGGCGCGAAGGCUUCUCGGGGAUUUACCGCGGCAUCACACCGAUGAUGUUCCGCGACGUCCUGCCGUACGGUGUGUACAUGUACGUGUACGAGUAUAUGCUGGAGAUUGAGGAGCGACUGCACCGGCUCAGCAAGGAACGGCUUACCGGUGUACCGAUCGGUGGUGCCCUGCAGGCCUCGUUGAUAGCGACGGCGGGCGCGGUGGCGGGUGUUGCCUCGUGGAUGUUUAUCGUACCGUUCGACGUGGUAAAGACGGUCAUGCAGGCGGAAACGGAUCCGUCCGUGCACAAAAGCAUGAUGCACUGUUUCCGGUCGAUGAUAAAGAAACAUGGAUGGCGCUCACUGUUCCGGGGUAGCCUGGUGAUUAUUGCCCGUGCCGCUCCCGUCAAUUCGGCCACCUUUCUCGGGUACGAGUACUGUCUGGAGAAGUGUCAACAUUUGCUUGAUGAGAAAUGAUGGAUGGGGACACACGAUUACGCGGAGGAUUAGUGUAUCUAUCGCACCGAUAAGUAUAAUUAUGUUCCUUGUGAUUGAUGGCAGUUGUUCAAGCUGUAAGUUGUCAGGAUUGUGUACUGGGGUUAGAAGAAGAUGCAGAUAUUUACAUCAUAUGGAGUAAUUUAAGAACUUAAAAUUUGUGUACAUUAAUAUAUGUUAAGCUGUGUAAAAUAAAUUAAAGCGUUAGAUAUACACGCGCCUUAAAGUUAAAAUAUA